CAGACAUAAAAAUAAAAAGAAUUAAAAGUGAGAUAAAUAACUAACGGUACAAAGAAUCGGAAGAGAACCUAACCUUAAUGAAUUGACUAUGAAGGUGCCAGUCAAGUGGUUUGAGGACAUUCGGUCGGUUCCCGUUCGCCUCCCUCUCCUCAUAAUCAAUUAGUGGGUAGGGUGGUCAUGUAAGGGGACAUUUAGUUAUAAAUAAUUUACUCCUAUACUUUCGCCAAAUAUUUUAAAACCCAAGCCCGUUUAGAUUUAACGCAAGUCCUAUAAUUUGUCCUAAAUCUAAGUCUCUAAUAAGUCAGACCUCAGUCUCUCAACGCCUCACUCUCCACUCUCAACUCUCACUGUUUAGUAGAUGUAUUAUGUGCCUACUGCUGAACGCAAGUCCUAUAAUUUGUCCAAGCUAACAUUCACCACUAUAAAUAUAUAUAUGUCUAGUACACAUGUUCUUGAUCAUAAAGCCCCAGUUAUUAGUUAAAUUUGCAUGCAUCUUUUUUGCAACGUUAUUACUAUGAAUUAUUAUUAUACCACACCUCUAGCUCUCUUACUUGCCUGGACUUUGGUCCAAGGCUUCACUUUGUUACUAGCAUUAACAACAAAUAGAAGCAGGAGAAAGCUUCCUCCAGGACCCUCGCCAUUACCCAUUAUUGGGAACCUUCACUUGCUAGGCAAUAAACCCCAUAGAUCCCUUGCAAAACUUGCCAAUUUUCAUGGCCCAAUUAUGGGUCUGAAGUUGGGACAAUUAACAACUGUGAUCAUAUCUUCUUCAGACAUGGCCAAACAUGUUCUCCAAAAGCAAGACUUAGCCUUCUCUAGCAGUAUGUCAAUUCCUGAUACAGUCCUAAUCAACAACUAACACAUGUUCUCGGUUUCUUGGCUUUCCAUUUGCCCUCAAUGGAGAAGUCUCCGAAAAAUCUUAAAUUCCCACAUAUUCUCCGUUAGCAAGCUUGAUGCCACUCAGCACCUUAGGUACAAGAAGAUCGAAGAACUUGUUGUUUACUGUAGAAAGAGUAGCCAAAUGGGCGAGGCGGUUCAUGUUGGUGCUGCAAUUUUCAGGACCAUGUUGAAUUUACUUUCCAACGCCCUCUUCUCAAAAGACUUGGCGGAUCCAUAUGAAAAUUCGGGUAAAGAAUUUAUGGAGAUGGUGGAGGGAAUAAUGUUGGAGUUGGGUAAACCAAACUUGGUAGAUUACUUUCCAGUGCUAAAAAUAGUAGAUCCUCUUGGGUUGAGGCGAUAUAAUUCUAGUUUCGGGAAGCUACUAAAGCUACUUGAUGGUUUGAUAAAUGAGAGGGUGGAGUUGAGGAAGUUGAAGGGACAAAAAAGUGAUGUUUUUAGACGCCUUACUCACAGCCAGUGAGCAAGCAUAUAGCUUCAAUACUUUUGGUGAGUAAUCUUUAAUACUCCUUAAGAAUAUUCUUGAUAAUUGUUGAUUCUCCCAUAUUGGUUUGGUUGUAAAUGGGUGUUUGGUCGAUCACCUUAUAUGUUCUUGAACAAUACCCCCUCCAUGAUCUACCUUUUGAGGUCUAGAUAGACUUGAGGGACGUUCUUUUUUUUAAUCAUGGCAUAAAGUUAGGCUCAUCUUGGUUCAUUUUUUUCUGGAACCUCUUUCAUUAUUGUUAGGGCAUGAGAAGUUUUGAUGAUAGACAGAUGAAUGAAACAUGUUGUGCAAGCUGGUCCAUACAAGUGAAACUGCUUCAGACAUAUGGAGUGCAUGCUGAAAUCAUUACAUGCUAAAGUUAUUGCAUAAGCUAUCAACACAUGGAUAAGCAAAGGAUGUUCACACGGCUAUAUAAAGAUAAUUGGAGCAGUUAGAGUUUGAGUAGAUCAAGAAAUCUACAAGGCAGAAGGAUAAAGCAAAAGAGUCCUACAGAAGAUACAAGUAAAGAAGAAAAAGGACUGCAUCUAAGGGAGCAUAUAUAGAUGACAAGCUGCAUUUAAAUAGCGAAAAAAGCACUGAUAAGAAAAUCAACAAUUAGCAAAAUCGUUCACCAACUUGAAGAAGAACCUAGUUCUCACUUAGUAUGUUUUAGACUGCUUGUAAUAGGAAGGUUAUUGAGUUGUAAUGAGUAAAUGGUUCUAGUCUCAGUAUUCUAUAAGCUGAUUUAGGAAUCACGUCUUCAAGUUAGGAAACUCGAAGACUUGGGAACACUUAUCUUGGGAAGAUUUGUGUUUUUGUAGUAAUAGGAGUUAGAAGUUUUAAUUCCUUAUUUACAAGAAGUCUUGUAAUUGUGUUGAUUGUUGAGGCUCAAAGUUAUAGUGAAGAUUGGGGUUAAAUCCUGUAGAGGUAUAGGUUGUAGUUUUUUUACACCUUUUUGAGCCGGGUGUUUUCCACAUAAAAAUUACUGUGUUCAGUUUUUACUUCUGUCAACCACGUAUACUUACUUGUUCCACAGAUAGACAAUCAGUAGGGAUCAUACUCUAACAAGUGGUAUCAGAGCCGAUUGUCUUAAAUAGGGUUUGCAUCUAAUAUCAGAUCAUUUUGAUAAA